AUGCAGUCUGAUCUACCUCGAGCAGAUGAUCCUUCAUCUAUCCCGACACCCUCGUCACCUACGAUCAGCUCCAUUCGACAUCAUGCCACUCCCACCGUUCAGGACCCCGAUCUUCCCCUCUCCCGUCCAUCUUCCUCCAGUCUCAGGCGCCGUCUUCCUUCUCCGUCCUCGCAGGACAACCCUCUUCUGAGAAUAUGUCUCAUGUCGCCUUUUGGUGAACAUGGCUCGAGUAUGCGGAGAGAACGUUCUUGUUCUCCUUCAAUGAAGGUCAACGAGCUCAAGGAUCAGGUGGGUGAAGAGGGGGAAUGGGAUAGAGAAGGGAUGCGACUCAUAUGGCGAGGGAGAUUAUUGAAGGAUGAGGAGAUCCUGGGUGAUAUUUUGAAUACUAGAGAUAUCAGUCAAGUCCAGACGUUACAUAUAGUGGCAAGAGCUUCAACAAAAUCUCGAGCUUCAUUUGCCGGGAAUAUCCCACUGCCCCGACCUUCUCCAAUAUUGAACGCUCCCUCGCCAAAUCCUCGAACAAGCGGAACGACACAAUGGCAAAGUGUUGCGGAAGUUGCUUUGACAGAAAGUAUACAUUAUCUCCUGUUCAUGGCUCGACAUCAUCUCUGUCAUUUGAUGAAUACGAAACCUCUCAGAUGGCAAGAAACGAUUCCUUCUCCAUUAGUCUCACAAGAGGCCGCAAGACUGGGCGUCAUGUCUGUCAUUCGGGGAUUUGCCAGUCAUCAUCAGUCUCGGCAAGAAGGGUGGGAUAAUUGGGAAGGCGUAUUUUUGGGUGAAUCCGAAUCUGGUCUGAAGGGUGUAUGGGAAAGAGGGCGGGAGGUGAUCCAAAAGGAAAUCAAAGAUCUAUGGGCAGGUCAUAUGGGCAAAACAAUGAGUGAUGAUCCAGAGGGUAAUAUCAUCUCCAUCGAAUAUGAUGGGAAUCCAUAUACCCUUUGUCUUCCUCCACUUGAUCUGAUGACACCGCGACAAUUAUCCCAUUUACUCCUCUAUCUCCGAAUCACGACUUUCACACCACUCCUUUAUCCUAUUCUUGAACAGGUCAAUCGUCCCCCACCUCCCAUCCCGACCCCUACCGUCCCUUUACCCCAAACGACCAGAGUGAUCUAUCGUCGUACUUUCCGCAUUAACUUACCUGCCAUUCCUCGAAAUGUGCUGGUUCACAUGUUUUUCUCACUUCUCAAGCUCAACGCGAUGUUAUGGAUGUUGACCCGAGGUAUGGGAUGGGAUGAUCCUCGUUUUUGGGUUAUUGGUGGUGCUGCAGCAGGAUGGUGGGUAGGAGAUGGAUUGAAUCGAUAUCGUAUUGAAAUGCGUCAACGUCGUCGAACUCAAAUUCAACCAACUCCUCUACCCAAUCAAAUCCCACAGAAUCAACAAAAUGGACAAAACGGUCAGAAUCAAGCUCCAAACAUAGGUCUGGGAAUUCAAGCAGGUAGAGAAGGUAGAGCAGUUCAAAAUGGUAGAAAUCCAAAUGGUCGAUCACGAAGAAGAAGAAAUUUCAAUCCUCUUAAUUUUUUCGCUUAUGUUCAUUUAAAUACAGAUCGUCGUCAACUUCAUCUUUCUCGUUCUACUUCAGAACCACGUUUACGUGAUAGAAGAAGAGUACAACCAUCUUGGUUUCAAACUCAAUUAUUGUUACCUGUUUCCUUAUGGUUUAUCACACUUGUUCCUUCUUGGGAAUCAGCAAGAGGAAGAAGGAUCAGACAAAGAGAAAGAGCUAUGAGAGUUGUGGUUGGUGGUGUGGACAGAUCAAGUGUAUCUGAUUCAAAUUUAGGUUUAGGUAUAUCGGGUUCAGGGAUGAGAAGACAUGUUUUACCUGAUGGAUUAGGUGAAGCGGCUAAAAGAUAUUACGAAAGAGUUCUUCAGCGUGGUGAAGGUAUAGAUUGGGAAGAAGAAAGAGAAGCUCAAAGAGCUUUAGGAGUAGGUGAUGAAGAAGAUAGAAAUGGGGAAGGAGCAGGGAUGGGUUUAGGUUUGUUUUGA